AUGGAAGAAGUAGAUUCUAUCAUUUUGCACUUUCUUCAACAAUUAAAUAUAACUAUCAAUGAUGAUGUUAAAAAUAUUUGUGACCUACCAGUGGAAAUAAUUGUUGAAGCAGCAUCUAAAUGUAUAAGGACAAUAAAUCCAUUAUUGAAAGUACCUAAUAAACUACCUCCAGGUGUGUCCCAUAGGAUUGAAGUAGCAGCCCAAAUAGCAGCAAUUUGUAAGGAUUUAGGUUAUAAAAAUGAUGUUGGGUAUCAAACAUUUUUAUACUAUAAUGAAGCCGAGUUGCGACAAGUAUUUAUGUUCUUAAUAGAAAAACUACCAAGUGAUGACAAACAUGUAACUAGUACCACAGCAACAGUACAAAAGAAAAGUGCACUGCUACAGGAAAUAAGUAAGAAAAUUUCUGAAGAUCUAAAUACCAUGUGGAUCCCUUCUAAGUGCAAUCCUACGAACCCUACAAUAGGAGACUUCAAAUUUACAAAAGACAAUAUGACCAAACUUCAAAGAAUUAAUGAUGAGGAUCUUGAAGCAAAAAUACAAAAACUCAAUAAAAUUGUUAAAAAAAAUAAAGAGAAAGAGAAACCAAAUCAAGAAUUGGAAAAUGUUGUUGUUGAGAAAAUAGACAUCACAAAAAGCCUUAAACAGCUGAAAGAAAUGGCAUUUGUCCUAAGGCAAAAGUUGGACACCCUUCAAAGUGAAAAAAAUGUUAUGGAUGUUGAAUAUUCACAGGCACUUAAACAUUGUGAAAAAUCUGAAGGUGACUUGAGAAUUAUAAAAAAUAUUCUACAUGAUCUUGGAAUAUCAAAUAUUGAGGAUGAAUCAAUAGAAGAUAGACUAGACAAAGUUCGUAAAAAUAUUAUUUUGUUACAUAAGAAGAGUGAAGAUCUCACUUCAAGGAAUUUAGGUUUGAAAGUCAACAUUGACAAAAUAAAAACGAAAACUGCAUUAUCAGAGUCAGAAAGAAUUAAGUGCAAGAAGAUUUUAAUAAAUUUAAAACAUAAUGCAAAAGCCAUGAAAGAGGAGUGUGAAAGAAAAGAAGAAUUAAGCAAAAACCUAAAAAAUAAAUAUGAAAAAUUAAAAGGAGGCAAUAAAAGACAUGUUUAUACAAAAAGAAUACUUGAAAUAAUAGGCAAUGUUGAUAAGCAAAAUAUGGAAAUUAGUAAGAUACUUGAAGAUACAAGAAAGAUACAAAAAGAAAUAAACACACUUGAAGGCCAAUUAGACAGGUGUUUUACACUUGCUGAUGAAACAUUGUUUAAGGAUGCGAAAAAAGACGAUCAAGCAAAAAAAGCAUAUAAACUGUUAGCUCUAUUGCAUUCAGAGUGCAAUACUAUUGUAACCUUAGUAAAUGACACAGGAAAUUUGGCCAGAGAUAUUGUGGACCUAGAAGAUAGUAUUAAAGCUGAAAAGUCUAAAAGAACUGAAGACAUAUUACAAAAAAUACAAAUUGAUCUUACCAACCUCCAAAAGGAAACUAAA